AUGACACGCUCGACACGUCAACCACUCGACUCAUUUGCUUUCCGCCCGUGCUUACCGCCCCCGAAAUGCCCCCAACUCCCGUCUAAUUUGCUUGCGUUUUGCCCUUUUUCUCCCUCAGUUCCAGGACUCUUUGCUCACACCAUUUGGCUGCGAAACGUAUUCAGUCCUUACAGUCCUUACAACGGAAUUUCUCGCGAAUACAGCAAUGACGGCAUGUCUAAUAUGGCGGAUCUGAGUAUCGAUCCCCAACUACGCCCUCCGCCCACCACUCAGCCUCACGGGGAGCCUGGCCUGUCCGCCCGCGCGGGGGAUACUCCCGAUGCUCAGUCGGAUGGAGAACAGAAUGAUGGCACGAGUAGGAAGAGGCAGAAGCUAAAUUUGUAUAAAUGCAACCAGUGUCGCGUGGCCCGAAAGAAAUGUUUCCCAACAGAUCGUGUCUGGCCGGAGAAGUGUCAACGGUGUCGACAGCACAAACCAGAGCUGGAUUGUUCAGAACCUCAACUGAAUACACGUAAGAGAGGUCCGAAUUUACCAAAGAACACUCCACGAUCGAAAACAAGAUCGUCGUCGGAAAAGCCAGAUGCUCCAAGCAAAGAGAGUGAUGAUGACAGUACCGCCGACGAGGCUCCUCCACGGUCGGAGCGACCUCUUCCCAUCGGAGUACCCAAGAGGAUCAAGCGAGAGCAUAUCGAAACAAUGGAACCUGUCUCUGAGACCCCUCAAGCAAGGCCUGUGGGCAAGACAGACCAACCACCAGCAUCCGUCUUCUUGAAGUUGGGACCAAACAAUUUUCGAUUACUUCGUCUCAAGCCUGGGAAGAGAGAAGAUACAGUCGUCUGCUCCUUCCAAACAGUAUCACUAGACCAACCAGUGGAUUAUGAAGCCAUAUCCUACUUCUGGGGUGGUAGUGAUCUCGGCUGGAAAGAUUCUGUCAGAAUCGAGCUCGAAGAUAUUCACAAGAGAACCCAUGCUGUUUUCAUCAGGAGUAAUCUUUGCAACGCACUCAAGAGCUUACGACACCCUACCGAAGUCAGAAAUUUCUGGGUGGACGCUCUUUGCAUCAAUCGCAGUAAUCAACUAGAGACGAAUCAUCAAGUUGAGAUGAAGCUUCGUAUCUUUCACAACGCCAAGAACCAAUGUUUUUGGUUAGGUGAUGACGAAGUAUUCAAGACAGGACUAACAUUCAUCACGAGAAUCCUCGAUCUUGCCAAGAUUGACGUCCUUGUCCGAGAUCCCAAAUCCAUCGAAGGGUGGAGUGCUUUUGUUGCGUUGCUGAAGAAUGUUGCAUUCAGUCGGUUGUGGAUGGUCCAAGAAGUUACGGUCGCAAAGACAACAUCCUUACAUUGUGGUUCGCAAGGAGUUCUGUAUACCGACUUUGUCGACGCAGUAGCCAUGUUCAUAUCCUGUCGUGAGAAUCUUGUCCGCCUUUUUCGACAGAACGGCAAAGAUUACAGGGAACUCCUCGAUCGGAAGAUUACAGUCACGAAAAGAUUCAUCGACGUCACACAGAACACAUUACGCACACUGAAGCCUGAUAGGCCUGAUCCAGAGAUUGAACGUCGACUCAGUCUUGAAGCGCUGGUCUCGCUACUGACUGAUUUAACCUGCACUGAUCCUCGAGAUAGGAUUUAUUCAGUCCUGGCUCUUGCUAAAGAUGGUCUACCUCCACCAGAAGGUACACUCAUGGAAGGGUCGUAUGUCUUACAGAAUGAUCAGUCACUCAGGAUAGACUACGGAAGGAAUGUUGUAGAUGUCUACCAAGACUUCGUCAUCCAUGUCAUCAAACACUCUCACUCGUUGGACAUUAUUUGUCGAAGAUGGGCUAGUGCCGUAUCGGAAAAACUUCCUACAUGGGUUCGUCCACUUCAAUCAUCACUUCAACUUCCAGGCGAUACCAAAUCAACCGAACGAAUCAACGCCGAUAGUCUUGUUGGUCUGCCACACGAGAAAUGUUACUCUGCAUCUCAAAACAAACCAGCUGCAUGGCAGAGGAAGCUCGAUCCUCUCACGAACUCACUGCUCUCUCUAUCCGUUCAAGGUUUCAAAGUAGACACCAUAACCCAUCUCGGUCCUCGCGCUUCUGAAGGUAUCAUUUUCUACGAAUGGCUCGAGUUAGGUGGUUGCAAACUUACCGAGAAUGGAGAUGAAAUUCCUGACAAGUUCUGGAGGGCUCUAGUUGGUGAUCGAGGACCUCACUGCGCCAAUGCCCCGUCAUGGUAUCAUCGAGCACUUCUCUAUUGUUUAAGUCACAGCACAGGAAAUCCAGACAUCAAUACUAAGAAUCUCAUUGCGGAAUACGAGGCUGAGUCUUCUCUGGUAGUCGAUUUCCUGAGGAGGGUUCAGAGUGUGAUCUGGAAUCGCAAAUUCCUGGUAUGUGCGAAGAAUGAUUGGGUAGGCUUGGCUCCCAUGGCUGCACAGAUCUAUGAUGUAGUUUGCAUUCUUUAUGGAUGUAGUGUACCUGUGUUAUUGAGGCCGAUGCCUAGUCCGAUGAAUGUUGAGUAUUGGAGUGUGGUUGGGGAGUGUUAUGUUCAUGGGAUCAUGGAUGGUGAGGCUGUUAGGGAAUCGACUGAUCCUUCGAGUAUGGAUCGUGAUGAGUACUUUGAGUUGAGAUGA